UAAUUUUUCUGUUUAACUAGAGAUCUUUCCUGAUAAAGUGUGAAGAAAAAACAAGUCUUGCAUCAUAACACUUUUAUUUACCACGUUUAGAUGUUAUCAAGACUUGUCAGUUUUAAGCAUCUGAGGCACCUUAUAAAUAGAUGCAGCAGAAAAUCAUAAAGCUAGCAAAUGUUUUGAGGAGAAGCCUUAAUCUGAUGCCACAUGCAGCAAUGAAGAUCCUCUCUCUCGUGAUGUUGCUCUUAUCAGCAAUUUGUCUACAAUUUUCUCAUCACAGUCACAUUGGAAAUGAAAACAAACUUGCUGAAAUGGAUACUGCAAAAGUAAAGAACACACCAAUAUGUGGAUUUUCGCAUGUGUUCAAUCUCAGUCCAGAAACAGGUGGAUGGAUAAAGAAUAAAUUAACAUACAGAAUACUGAAUUAUACACCAGACAUGCCUGGAUCUAAGGUUGAUGAAAUUAUCAAGAAGGCGUUCAAGGUGUGGAGUAAUGUGGUACCCCUGACGUUUACCCAGGUUCAUGUUGGUGCUUCUGAUAUUGAUAUAUUAUUUGUAAAACAGAUUCGCAAUGAUCGCUACCCAUUUGAAGGCCAUGGCAAUAUACUAGGAAAUGCUUUUCUACCUGGAAAUGAAAUUGGUGGAGAUAUUCACUUUGAUGACAAUGAAAUGUGGACAUAUGAUCAAACAGGUUAUGACUUGUUCAGUAUGGCUGUUCACCUGCUUGGCCAUUCCCUUGGUUUAUUACACUCAAAUAAUUCCAAAGCCUUGAUGUUUCCAACAUACCAGUUCAUCAGCUCCCAAACAUUCCACCUCCCUAAAGAAGAUCUGGAGAAAAUUCAGCGAAUUUACGAGACUCAACUGGUGCCAAAAUCAAUAAAAUUAGAAAAGCUUCCUGAUUGUCUGUUGAACAUCACUUAUGAUGCUGUGACAACUAUGGCUUCGGAAAUCAUGUUCUUCAAAGAUGAGCAUAUGUGGCGUCAAAUGAAUAAAAGCGAGCAUGAAAAUGUUACAGUUGGGAGUUUGUUUUCAGGAGUGCCUAGUAACAUUCAGGCUGCUUAUGAAUAUUCUAAUGAACACUCAGAAAUGAUUAUCUUCUUUAAAGAUAAUCAGUACUGGAAUGUGACCAAUAAUGAACUUACCAAGGACUCUCCCAGGGAUAUUUCCGAGCUGGGUUUCUCUGCCUCUGUGCAGAAAAUUGAUGCUGCUGUCUAUGAUCACAACAGGCAUAAAACAUAUUUCUUUGUGGAGGAGCAGUACUGGAGUUAUGAUGAGAAAACACAAAGACUGGACUCGGACUGCCCUGAGGAUAUAAGCGAGGGCUUUCCUGGUAUUGGAGAAAAAGUUGAUGCAGCUUAUGCAAGAGAUGGGUUGUUGUAUUUCAUGAAUGGUCAGACACAGUAUGAGUUUAACGUAACAACACAGAAAGCAGUUAUUUCGUCAGAAAACCUUCCCCGGAUCACCUGUAUGGAGAAGGACACUGGAAGAAGCUGAGCAAGAGAAGAGAAGAGUAAGGGUGGCAGAGGCUGAGACAGGAGGCCUGAUUUACAAUGAUCUUUUUUUCAUCUACUGUUUAAAAAAAAUGGGUAAUCAAAGGAUAAUGUCACGUAAGGGC